AUGAGUGACCCGUUAGCAUUUAAGAAAAAUGGCGAAACUGAAGUUGAUCUGUUGGUGCCGGUCGAAAGCGCUCUCAAUAGCGAUCCACGGGUUUUUCGUGCCAAAGGCAUCGAUAGUCUGCCAGCCAUAGGAAUUCAGCUACACCGAAAAUCUAUUGAAUUCCGAUUUCAGAGAGGAGUCGAGAUUGCAGUACCGUAUCGAUUAUAUCUACCACGACGGUUCUUUCCACAAUUCUCCUUAUUGGCUUCUGUAAAGCCAAUGGAUCGGCGAGGCGGUUAUCUGUUUGCUAUCGUUAAUCCAUACGAUACUUUGGUAGAUGUUGGUGUGCUGUUAGAACCAGCAGGCUCUGGUCAGACGAACAUCUCACUGAUCUAUUCGUCCCGUCGCGACGCGACGUCGCGUGCAAUUGCUUCAUUCCUUGUGCCCGAGUUCGUACAGCAGUGGACACAGAUCGCAUUCGAAGUCACCAAGGAUUCAGUGACCCUAUAUUUCAAAUGCAUUCGAUUCGCUGAAAGAGAGGUGAGCUCAUGA